AUGUCUAUUGAAGAGAAACGAAUGAAAUUUGAAAUGGAGCUCGAAUCAAAACGUCUGGAAGAGGAAACGAAGCGUCUAAAACAGGAUCAAGAACACGAGCUACGUCUCUUUCAAGUAUUAGCUCAAUUCUCACGCCCGCCAGCAUCAUCGUCUUACGUUCAACAGUAUCAUCAGGCAGAUCACAAUCUUUGUGCUCAAGUCAUACCUCCAACGUCACUGCCAGCUACGAUUUCAUCGUUACCGUCGCAGAAGAUAUCAACAGCAAAUUCACAAGAUGUGAAAGACACGUAUCCAUUAAUGUAUCAGACGCUGAGUGAUAUUCAUUUUACUUGA